UCGUUCACCACGUAUAUUUUCGAUAUUUCGAUACAUCGGACCUUCAAUUCGUUUAAUCAAAAAUAUGCCUAAAAGACAUCAUGAAGACGAAGAUAGUGAUGAAUACUUACGCAGGAAAAUACGAAAAAUUGAAAAAAAAUUGAACAAACGUAAAAAACGAACUCGGCGUAUCUCGUCAAGUACCAGCAGUUCCGUUUCACCGGUGGCUAUCACGCCUGAACCGUCGAUAAUCGAAGGUAAUUACACGUUUUAUUUACUUAUAAAAACAAUUCAUAUUGUCAUUGUGUGUCUGAUUAUUCGUUAUUUAAACGUUCUGUUUGAAAUAAUUUCAGACGCACCGGAUGUGCCACUGUCUGAAGAGACUCAGGAGAUUGGCGAAAUCAAUCCAGGUCCCUCAUCUAUAGAAAAACAGACAGAGGAUAUAAUUGACCUGGAUGAACUGGACAGUGACAUAUUAAAUCUUCUCGGAGACACUCCAAACAAGACCAAAAAAUAUGGUCCUAAGAUUCAAAAGGACUUGGCUAUCCGAUGGGAACAUCUUGCUACAUCUGGACUAUCCAAAGAUUCUAGAAAAGAAUUGAUCGAAAAACACUUAAUCCCGGAAAAUUGCAAAAUGAUUUAUGCACCUACACUAAACCCCGAAAUAAAAGCUGCACUUUCGGAAUUACUUGUAAAAAAAGACAAGGCAAUUGAAAACAAACAGAAACAGUUAGCUGCUGCUAUAUCAUGUUUAGCGGAGGCGUUAACCAGAUCCUUCUCAUUAGAACAUAAAGAUUCUAUUGUAAUCAAACUAAUGAUCGAGGCGGGUCGUCUUAUGUGUGAUACUCAACACACUGAAUCUAUGACCAGGCGCAGCUUCAUAUGCUCCAGCAUAAAAAAAGACGUAAAGGACCAGCUUUACGAAACAGAGAUUGACGCUUUUCUUUUUGGGGAAAAACUUGCAGAAACAUUGAAAACAGCUAAGGCUAUCAACAAAUCUGGUUUAGAGAUAAAGAUUAACCAAUCUGCAAAAGCACCUACUAAGGGACGAACAUCACGUGGUUUAAACUUCAAAGCUCCACUCCCGAACAGCAGGCAGCCGGCAGUGGCAGCAAACAGACGUCAGGAGCCUGCUCAAGCAGCGGCCACACCGACGCGGCGUCAACAGGGCCCACCAGGCCCGCCGCCGCAGCCGCAGCAGCAGCAGCCACUGCAGCAGCGCUCGAGGAAUCGUGCGCAAACACGCCAGUAG